AUGUCAACGUACCAGCCUUAUCAGUGCCUCGUCUGUCAGAGUCGCUUCACCCGCCAUGAGAACCUCAAACGUCAUGCGAAACUCCACUCUGCCUCACACCAAGCCUCCCUUCGCUGUGGCUUUUGCCAGGCAACCUUCUCACGUCCCGAUCUUCGAAAUCGACACAUGAAGCGAAAACACCCGGAGCAUGAACCGGGACGAGCUAUUCAGAGACCACGGCGCCGAGCACGCGACGAAUAUUCCGGGUCGUCACCCGAUAGUCAUGAUGGACUUCAACUUCACCAUUCGGGGGAUGAAAUGGUGCUGGGCGGGAGCCCACAGAUGCUGCUUCAUGAUCACGAAGAAACACGCGGAAUUUCCAUAAUUCAGUCAGACACAAUUGAUCGGAUGGUGCAAGAUGCCCUAGGAACAGCUUUUUUCAAACCAACUCACGAACUAGGAAGCCCUGUACCCUGCGCCUUCAACCAACUCAUUCCUGAAAGCGACUGCUCACCCUUACAGAUCGCACGGGGGUGCGACUUAUUUUUCUCACAUGUUGCGCACUAUGUCCCGUUUCUACACAAACCAACAUUCGAUGCCGCACAGCUACCUGUUCAUUUGGUCCUCGCUAUCAUUUGCCUGGGAUACCAACACGGCGAAGACCCCGAAUGCGACGAUCAACCGGGAUCAGGGGCGAGUCUAUCAACGCGGUGCUUUCGUCGAGCAAAUACUCUUACGACAUCCGAUGAAGGGAGACUUGAUAUGUCAGGGCCGAAUAUGCCUUUAAUCCAGUCAUAUCUACUUUUACAAAUCUGUGCCAUGAUGUAUCUCUGCGGAGACGACUCGGCGACGGGGCUGAAAAUGCAUUCCGACAUGAUUUCGCUGGCUCGGGCAGGAGGAUUGAUGCAACCCACACCACCCGAGUCAUCUGCAGCCGAGGAUCUCGAAGGUCUCUGGUGCAAUUUCAUCAAGACCGAGUCGCACAAGCGCACAUCCUUUGCUGUUCACCAGAUCGAUGCGCUAUGGUACCAGUUCCUCUCGAUUCCGCGCUGCAUCUCUCAUCUGGAAGUCAAGCAUGACCUCCCUUGUCCAGAAGACCAGUGGACAGCAUCUUCCGCCGCAGACUGGGCCCAUCGCCAGCUUGUUGCCAUAUAUCCCGGUCCCUCAGUUCCCUACCCUGAAGCUGUUCGACGAUUUCUAUCAUCCGAGACGGGCUCCAUCCCGACAUUCGACCCCUACGGCGCCAUCAACGUCGCGCAAUUCUUAAUUUCAAGCGCCCGAGAAGCAUCUGGCUGGUCCACAAUGACCGGUAUGCUCAGCAUGGACCGUCUCGACGCUCUGCGAUCGUCCCUAAUUGCCCUAGGCCCGUUCAUCCGGCCACAGUCCGAGACCGGGAAGGCCAUGCACGCAGCCGCAACCUGGGAGACUGCCAUGAUUGAGCUGCAUCUCUGGUCCCCAGCACAUACGGGUGGAGUUGUGGCAGCCAGUUUAGACGCAGUGCUAAGCCAGUCCACCGCCCUGGCUCCAUCUUAUGAAUUCUUAUGGGACGUCGACACGGCCAAGGCCAUCCAGCCGCACGUCGACUGGUUUCUACGUUAUCUCGACACGACAGUAGAUCCCGCCCACGAGGCGCCAUGGGCGGCGGUAUACGCGUACAAGGCAUUUUUGAUCGCCUGGCAGCUUGUCCGGGGUUGCAUUCCGGGUGCGAUGGAGGUGGCUGGGGUGCACAAUGGUGAUGAGCAGGGGGCUUUGGAAUGGGCGCGGAAUGUAUUUCGGCGACGAGAGCGAUGGCAGAUCGGGAAGUUGAUUCUCUCCAGUCUGCAGCAGCUCGAGUCUUGA